CACCCACACCCACCCCCACACCCUCCUUCAACUAUGGCAUUUCGACAACAUUGCUUGAGAUGUUCAAGGCAACUGAAAAUAUGGCUCGACUCACUUGAAUCACAUUCAAUUCCACCUGCAAUGUCUCAUUAUGGUUACGAAUAUUCACCUGUUAUUAAUCGAUUCAAAAUCAAGUGGUCAACAUUAAGUGAUCAACCGAAUGAUUAUCGUCUUGAAACAUGUGGUGAUUGUCAAAGUGGUUGUACUCGUUGCAAGUGUUUUAAAAAUAAUUUAUCGUGUACAAUUUUUUGCAAAUGUAAUCAUGAAAUUUGUUUUAAUCGUACUUCAUACAGUUUCUCAUCUGAUAAAUUUAAUGAUCAAGAUUUGAAUGACUUGGAGUCAACAACAGCAUCUAUUGAAAGUGAUAAUGAACUUGAUAUUAUAUCGAUCAAAUCGCAAUCGAACAACAUCAAGAAUAAGAGUGUUGCUGAAUCUGAUAUGGACGUGGUUUCUAAUCAAUCAUAUGAAGAUUCCCAAUUGGAAUAUUCAAAUUUCGAUAAAUCUAAGUUGGUCAAUCAUACUCUGUAUUCAAGUAUUAAACAUGAUCAUGCGUAUUGCUCAAAUGAUGAUCUUGAAAUAGUAACACCUAAACGUCGAAAAUUAUCGUCUUUGUCUUUAAACUCUAGUAAUAGUCAACUCAUUUUUCAAUCACCUUGUGCACAUCCCUCCCCGAAACUUGACCACAAAAAAGAUACUUUUACAUCAUCAGUUUUCAAAACACCAUUAAUGACAAUAACAUCAACACCUCGUCGUACGGCUCGUUUCAGAAAAUCUUAUGGUAGAACAAAGACUCAUAGUCAACCAAACAAUUAA